UUUCGAUAUGCUGAUUGUAUAGAUAGAAUAUUAAUGAUAGUUGGAUGUCUGGCUGCGAUGAUACACGGUGCUGCCUUCCCUGUUAUGAUUAUUGUAUUUGGUGAUAUGAUUGAUCUAUUUGUUAACAAUGGAAUCGGUGCCUUCCUGUAUUUACCCAACGUUCAGGCUUUUAUAAAUGCCUUUAAUAUCAGUCAAAAUACCAUCAUAUCAGACCAGACAGUUUUACUGUAA